CUCGGGUAAACAAUUGUGGACAUAAAGUCUCUCAACAUUCAAUGGUUCCAGAAAGAGACAAAAAAGAACGAAAAUGACUUGACUGUCAACUCAGAUCUUUGAAAUCAAUAAUAAACCCAACGCACUGUUCUAAUUUCGAAAAAAGAAAACAAAACCACAGUGCUUUUGCUUUCGACAUCAUUAAGGUUACGAAAAUUUCAACCUUCUUCUAAUAUUGGCAACAAUGGCUACAAGUUUGAAUUAUACCACUUUUCGGCUAGCACACGUCUUAAGUUUCCUGCUUAUGAUUUAUGCCAUUCCCGCGGUACUGUGCAGUAGUUCUUCUGGCCCUGGUAAGAGUUUGUCAAAUGUGACAAACGCAGCUGCAAAUGAAACCAUCUCCACGGAAAAUCCACCGAAAGAUCAACAGAUCAAACUGGAUGAAUUUGAAGGUAUCGUCGAGAGCUACGUAAACGAUGCGUUGGACCGUAAUUAUAAAGCAAUACUGGCCGGAAUAACGUCGACCAAUGGGUCCCAGCUGACGCCUGAUGCCACUUCGAGUGACAAAACGAAGCGAAGUUUUGGCCCGUUCAAUCUGUCGGAGUUCGAUCGGAAAAUUAUCAACGGAGUAGCACACUUCAUUGAUCAGCGGUUUCUCAGUGGCAUCAAUAACAAGAUGGCGCGAGCAGUUCAAACUGGACGGUUGUUCUUUUUCAAAGGACUGAAGAAAUUAGUAUGGCCACUGCUGUUCGGUCUGCAGAUAGUGAAAACUGUUCUGCUAGUUCUCUUCCUGCCCAGCAUAAUUGGAUCGUUUGGUAAAAUCCUAGGAAAAGGUCUGUCGUCUGUGUCUACGCUAUCGCAUCCAACUACCACCGUGGAAGACUUGGACUUUAAGGAUAACUCCUACAACUCAGACCAGGAUUUCCAAAUGAACAUGGAGAACAACGCCUAUCUGCCUGCAUUGGAUUCACAUUCGGCUGGUACGAGCUACAACGCAAUGUACGAUACAAACAACGCCAACGCAGCCCUGUCGAGGCUCGGCUUCGGAGGAGGUCGAGUGACGUACGUGAACUCGGUGAACGAUUACAAUCGGCAGCAGAAACGAAACGAUUUCAAGAUAUUCCACGAUAUCCCCAGCAGCAGUCUGCUGCUGACGAACUACGACCCGUUCUACAGUCCACUGCUGUCGAGGUUGGAUGCGGUCUUUGCCCAGAUGGGUCUAUCGAACAAGGAGGAAGCGUGCCGGGAGAAGCUGGUCUGCCUGAUGUACGCCAAUCCUGCAAAAUAUGCGCCUUACAGUAAUUUAAUUUCGGCGCAGCUGAGCAGGGAACUGAAUGAGUUACGCAAGCCAACCAACGACAAUCCGGAUAUAAUGCGGUUUUUCCGGUACAUGAAGGCUGCCAAAGACGGCCAGGAUGGCGUGGAUUGCAAUCGAAUGCACAAGGAUUGCAUUACCUAUAAGGACCUUUCAAAUCCGGCAAUGGUGACAACGUUCAACGACAUUAACAAACUUGUGCAAGCAAGAAAGCUGUAGGCAUCUAGCUUGUUAUGUCAAGAAGAAGAAGAAGAAGAAAAAGAUACCGCUAAACUAGCUCACGCCAGCCAAAAUAGGUCAGAUUUCAACAGAAAUUAAAUACGAUGUCAUAACGAGUCAUACAGCAAGCCACCGGUGAAAUAACUGAACGUUUAGUUUGAACCUGGAGGCUGCUUCUAGAAGAGAAUCUCGGCGAAAUUGUUUUGCCGCCGAGCAAAACGCGCCGCGAGAAUGCAAAAUGAACCGUGAGGAGGACUACCCGAUGAUGGUUUUUCGAAAGAAUUCCGCACUUCGCACUUCCUUGAGAGAAAGAAAGAGAGAGAGAGAGAGAAAGAAAACCAAGCGCGAAACGGAUUGUCUUGAAAAACUUUCAUCCUUCGAAAGGUAAUGGCCUUUCCGGCGAGGCUUGAAAACUUUCAAGUGUGCUUCAACUUCCUCGUAGCAAGUAGCAAUUGUUGUGUCUAGGUAAUAGUAAAUUAAAUAUGGUAGGAUGAAAUGUGCCUGUAAUUAGAUUCCUGUAUCA